AUGGCUCCGGUUUCGGCUCUUGCUAAGUACAAGCUAGUCUUCCUGGGAGAUCAAUCGGUCGGGAAAACGAGCAUCAUUACUCGCUUCAUGUACGAUAAGUUUGACAACACUUAUCAGGCUACUAUUGGCAUUGAUUUCCUUUCGAAGACUAUGUACCUUGAAGAUCGAACUGUGCGUCUGCAGUUGUGGGAUACUGCUGGACAAGAAAGAUUUAGGAGUCUUAUUCCAAGCUAUAUAAGGGACUCUUCUGUUGCAGUCAUCGUAUUUGAUGUCGCAAGUAGACAAUCUUUUCUCAACACAUCAAAAUGGAUUGAGGAGGUCCGCAAUGAGAGAGGAAGUGAUGUUAUCAUUGUGCUAGUUGGAAACAAAACCGAUCUGGUGGAUAAGAGGCAAGUUUCUAUAGAAGAAGGAGAGGCCAAAGCACAUGACCUUAAUGUCAUGUUCAUUGAAACUAGUGCCAAGGCUGGCUUCAAUAUUAAGGCUUUAUUCAGAAAAAUUGCUGCAGCAUUGCCUGGAAUGGAAGCAAUAUCAUCCACUAAGCAAGAGGAUAUGGUCGAUGUCAACCUCAAAACCGGCAGCACAAACGCACCUCAUUCGCAGCAGUCGGGAGGGUGCGCCUGCUGA